AAAUGUUAGGAACCAAAUGGCAGCAAAAUUCCAUGCAGGAAUGUCCUCAUCUCCAUGAGACACUUCUUCCACAGUAGGCUCGGACAGUGGGAGGGGUAUGGAUGCUAUAUAGCCUGCUCUUCUGUGAGAGUGGAGAGAACAUCCUUCUAAACGCACUCAAGGUAUAUCGUUCUGCUGCCUACCUGCUGCCCUAUGAAGGUUGGAGUAGCCGCCCUCACAGCCGGGCUCCUUGGCGGCACCGGCGUCUUGUUCUUCCUCAUCGCUUUUGGGACAGAUUACUGGCUUCUCGCCACAGAGACCUGCGGUGUCUUUGAGCAUGGGAACAGCACUCUGCAGACCGGGGAGGCUGAAAUGCUGACAGAGGUCAGGAAGGAGAUCCUCACCUUCCAUCACGAGGGCUUCUUCUGGCGAUGCUGGUUCUUUGGCGAGGGCCACCCAGAGACCAUCUGGACCUUCUGGUACACCAGCCAAGCUCACCCCAAGUUCUGCAUGCAUGGCUACCUCUUUCCCUUGCCCAUCGCUCUUGGACCUUUUCCUCAUCCUUCCUAUGACACAACCGCAGUGUACAGAGGUUUCUGGACGGCGUUCAUCAUGCUGGCCGUUGCCGCCGGGCUGGUGGGGGGGCUGCUGCUGGUGUGCGGGGUGCCCUUUGUCAGCCCCCGCUCCUACAAAGUGGGCGGCGGAUUCCUCCUGGUCUCGGGAGCCUUAUUUCUCCUGCUCAUAUUUCUCUUCGUGAUGUGGAAGGAGUUUGCUGCUGAUUUUCAGAAGUACAUCCUUCUGGAAAGGAGCGAGAAGUGUCUGGAGGAUGUACCCGUCCAUGUCUAUUAUGGCUGGUCAUUCAUGUUCGCCGCAGCGGGGGUGCCCCUGGUUUUACUUUCUGGACUCCUCUUCUACCUGGUGGGCAGAGACAUUAUGAAAUCCCUGGAGUAAGAUGAAUUUGGAGAAGGCCUUUGAGAAAAUUGGCGAUGAAAUUGUAAUUGAAAUGUCUGCAAGUUUUGAGGACUAGAUGGUUUUUGUAGCUCUAAUUGUCAGCAUAGGUGCAUGAUCACGCUCACUCUUAUGUGGCUGCAGCGAGGCAGCACUAGGCAUCCAAAUGCUGCCAGUCCAAAACCGGCCCCAGCCGAACAUCCAGCUUCAGCAUUUUUAUACUUUGGAGAUGUUUAGAUGCGUCUAUGGGGUUUGCAUCAGGUUUCAGAACCAUUUUUCUCUGCAGCCCAAGGAAGAGCCUUCGCUGUGAAAAGCAGCUCCCCCGGCUGUCAGCAGAGCUCCGCAUCCAUAUUCAGCAGAUCUGGAGUUGUAUCGUGUUCCCAGCAUCCUUGUUUCUUGUAAAAGGUAAUCGAAUCUGGCUGUGACAGUGUACGCUGUAAUGUCUAUUUCUGAAAAGCAAUUAAGGAUGAUUUUUUUUUUAGCUGGCUCUAAUUGACGUCAAAGGACAACCACGUUAAUGGGAUGUCGGGAAACAUGAGAAACUUUUUUUUUUCCUUAAAAGCCCUGUUUCUGAACAUACAAAUGUAGCUGGACCUAACCUAACUUUCAAUAAGCAAAGAAACCAAUUUCUGUGGCAUGAGACCUAACAUGAAUUAAUUAGUAUCUCUUUACAGCACCACCUUGCUCUGCAUUUAAUAUUCUCCCUGGAUGCAGUGUUGUGGGGAUUUGCAACCCAAAAACUGAAAGAUAGUCAGAGUUGGGGGAAAGGGAGUGGGAACAAUAGUACUAUUAUUUUUUAUUUGUAAUGGUAGACCAUGGGACCUUGUUGUAUUCUACAGAUGUAGCACAAGAGUCAGCUCCAAAAAGACAAAUUACAUACCAUGUAGAUACUUCUAAAUUCUUGCAAUGGCUCAAGUGUACGUUGCCUGGCAGAUUGUAGUGGUCCUAUGAAAAGUAACACCUGCUAAUUCUGCACCAAACUAUCGAGGUAUUGAGGUGAAGUAAUUUAUACUGUAUAUGCGGAGGUUUGUAAAGACACUUGAAAAAUGGCAAAGAUCUGAUGUUGUCAUGUUUUCGGGCUGGAUCUUGAUGCUUUGAAGUAGUUUGUUGGGCCCUUGCUUGCUGAACUCAUUCGCAUAAAUUUUAAAUCAAACUCCCUAUAAAUGCACGCUGUUCUCAUGAAUGUCGUAGUUUCUGCUAAACAUAUAUCUCCCAAGCUUUAUGUCAUUCUAUUGACUCAGUACAGUUAAUUAAUAAUGGAAUGUAAAUCUCUUCUAGAAAGCAGUGAAGAUUGUUGGCAAUAUAAAAAUGUUUGUUAAUGCUCUUCCUAAAAUAUUA